AUGUUCGAUUUUCUGAUUCCACGGUCGCCAAAACCAACAACAACAACAAUUACAACUUUAAUAAUUGAAGAAUUUCGAAAUUAUAAAUUUUUCGCUGCUCGAUUUGUAUUAGAUGGUGGUAGUGAUCCACUCUUGUUCUGGCGAACAAAUCGAAUUUUUUUGGCACUGGUAUCUACUCUAGCUAAAAAAUAUCUAGCUUCACCAGCUUCAAGUGUUGCGUCUGAGUCUGCGUUCAGCGUCUCAGCUAAUUAUGGUCGACAACAACGAGCACGAUCACUGCCUGAAAAUCUUGCUAUGUCGGCUUAUUUAUAUGACAAAUUCGUCGAUGAUCCAUCAGCAACACUUAACAACAACAGCCAUGAUAUUUAA